AAGAUGCCAAGACCACAGGAAAAUGCUCACCAGCAGCAGGCUCACUACGCAGUCCCCCUCUUCUUGCUGCUUUUCCUUUUCCCCCUCCUCUGAGCCGCCAGGCCCCCGCCCCCGCCCCGCCCCCGGUGUGAGAUGGGGGACGGGCGGCUGGUAGAGCUGAGCUGAGCUGAGCGGACAGACUCAGACGCUGCCACCUGAUCCCAUUCAGGCGCAGCAAGGCAAGCUACCGGCAUUCUGCAUUCAGAGCCCCCGUUACCCUCAGACCCAGCAGAUUUCAGGACAAGGGGCCCAGGGGGAGCAGAGGGUAGCCCUGACCCAAGUCGGAGACAGAGCCUGUCUGCGCUUUUCGGGAACACUGGCCCUGCUACCAGAGCCCCAGGACCCCCCAUGAGUGCCGGUGAAGGAAGCCCAGGAUAAUGAGGCCCUGGCUGGUCCAGGAGUGAACCCCCCACCAUGCCACCUAUCCUUCAGUGCCUGCAGCAAUCCACCAAGAUGAUGAGCCGCAGGAAAAUUCUGCUAUUUGUGCUAGGGUGCAGCACCGUAAGCCUCCUCAUCCACCAGGGGUCGCAGCUCAGUUGGUACCCCAAGUUGUUCCCUUUGAGCUGCCCGCCUCUUCGAGAAUCGCCACCCCGUGCCAAGCACAUGGCCGUGGCCUUCCUGAAGACUCACAAGACAGCAGGUACUACAGUGCAGAACAUCCUGUUCCGCUUCGCAGAGCGCCACAACCUCACGGUGGCCCUGCCUCACCCUAGCUGCGAGCACCAGUUCUGCUACCCGCGAAACUUCUCGGCACACUUCGUGCACCCGGCUACGAGGCCCCCGCACAUGCUGGCCAACCAUCUGCGCUUCGACCGUGCUGAACUCGAGCGCCUCAUGCCUCCAGACACGAUCUACGUCACCAUCCUGCGCGAACCCGCCGCCAUGUUCGAGUCGCUUUUCAGCUACUACAACCAGUACUGCCCGGCCUUCAGGCGCGUGCCCAACGCGUCGCUCGAGUCUUUCCUGCGCGCACCUGAGACCUACUACCGUCCAGGCGAGCACUUCGCUAUGUUCGCUCACAACACGCUGGCCUAUGACCUGGGAGGCGACAAUGAGCGCAGUCCUCGAGACGAUGCAGCCUACCUGGCGGGCCUCAUCCGCCAGGUGGAGGAGGUCUUCUCGCUUGUCAUGAUUGCAGAGUACUUCGACGAGUCACUCGUGCUGCUGCGGCGUCUCCUGGCCUGGGACCUGGAGGACGUCCUCUACGCCAAGCUCAACGCGCGCGCCGCCACGUCGCGCCUGGCCACCAUCCCCGAGGCGCUGGCACGGGCCGCGCGCGCCUGGAACGCGCUCGACGCCGGCCUCUACGACCACUUCAACGCCACCUUUUGGCGCCGCGUAGCGCGCGCCGGCCGCGCAUGCGUGGAGCGCGAGGCGCGCGAGCUGCGCGAGGCCCGACAGCGUCUGCUGCGUCGUUGCUUUGGCGACGAGCCGGUGCUGCGACCCGCUGCCCAGAUUCGCACAAAGCAGCUGCAGCCUUGGCAGCCUAGCCGCAAAGUGGACAUCAUGGGCUAUGAUCUGCCUAGAGGCGGCGCUGGCCCUACGACGGAGGCUUGCCUCAAGCUUGCUAUGCCAGAGGUGCAGUACUCAAACUAUCUGUUGAGGAAGCAAAAACGCCGCGGUGGUGUGCGGUUCAGGCCAGAACCCGUCCUGGAUAAUCCUCCCCCUCGGCCAAUGAGAGCACUGCCCCAUUUUCCCCAGGGUACCUGAGUUCCGCCUGUCUCCGGGAACUCAGGUCUUGCUCCAUUAAGGCCCUUUUAUAUUCUCCACGGGCUUGAGCCCUGUGUCCAAAUAGAGGUGCGUCUGCAUCUGAGCCUGCCACCCUAGUGUCGCCUGAACCCCACUUUCUGGGAUGGCACUGAGGGGCCACCCACUCCUUCCCAACUUGUUGGUGACUUUGACAAGAAUCUAAGGGCAUUCUAGUACUGCCCACCCUGCCUUUUUCUGGGGACUGAGCACCCCACCUGUCAUUUGGGGGUGCUGAGCCCCUACCUGUGUGAAGUGGAUGACCACAAGCUCCCGAGAGGGACUAAGUCCUAGGAAAAUGCUGUGCUUCCGGUCAGCACCUGGGCUUUUGUUCUUCCCAGGGCUGCCUAAGUCCCCUACUGUCUUCCAGGUUCUACCUUCCCUAUAUACACCUAAGCUGCUCCCAAACACCUAGAACCAAGAAUUCUUGGGUUGGGCUUUUUGUUUGGCUUUCCUUCUCCUUCUCUUUUCCUUCUCCUCUUUAUCCUUCGUCUCCUCCUCUAUAUCCUUC